GGCUACUUCUCACUUGUACGUUACAGGGAUCCCAGUUACUGUUUCAGGUAUCAUACACGUAACACAUUAUACGAACGGAUACAAAACUUCUAUAUUUAGUUAUGAUAUUAGUACCUUAAAUAUUAAUAUUGCGUUGUUCUGUUUGUAGUCCUUUGGGUCACGUAUUUCUGACCUUAGUUACUACACAGAGAACUUCAUGCUUUCGAUUUCUGAGAGGAAUGACAAUGUCACACAUAGGACUGAAGUCUAGUUCGUCUCACAAAAGGCACGGGGCUUCAUUCAAGUUUUACAUCUGCUGCAGGAUUUGGUGUUGUGGUCCUACUAAAUUUCUGACCUACAGAAUUGUUUAUAUUAUCAAUGGCGCUGACCGACUUGGCUAACCUGGUGAUUUUUCUCUUGGGUAUAGCCAGAGUGUAAGCCAAUUCAUUUAUGCUGUUGUUAGGGGAACCUGUUUUCGGUGUCACCAACACUUGAAUAUUGUUGCUACACUGUUCUGCAGAUAAUUAUGUCCAUGCAUUUUAAAGUUCCUUAACCGUAUCUAGUUUGACACUUGAUGUGUAGCAAGCCAUUUGGAAUCUUCAGUAAGUUUAUACCAACGUUAGUAAGAGGGUUGUAAUACGGGCAUGAAAUCACUUUCAAAAGUAACAUACUUUCAAGCGCACCGCAUAUAAAUUCCUAACACCAACAGAAUCAUCCAAACCAGGUUCCCCAACAGAUGUUGGCGAGAAAAUGCCAGAUAUUGUGAUUAUGAAUGAGAAGUAGAUCUCAAACUAAACUAUAACGACCGCAUGCUUAGAUCUGUACGUGAAAUCGCCACCAAAAGCAAGGAUCCUGAGUUUUGUGAAAACGUGAAUAUGCGGUUUCUCUGCAAUAGGAUAGUCGUGAAACCAAGCCAAUGAACCAAGCGGAAUUUUGGACAUAUACUUAUUUAGCGUUAUUCGUUUUUCUUGACAGGUUCUCGUGACCUUCCUUGGACUGACGAGUAGGAAAAUGCGAAUUAUGGUAUGAAAGCAAAUGUGUAUUCGAUUACCACAUCCGGUUGUUCAUAUGCAUUUGAAGUACAACAGCUUUAAAUUCACCACAUAUCUACAGUGAUCAGCACAAAGAAAACUUCUAAAUAAAUGUCUUUCGGGUUAAGCUUUUAUCCGUAUCAAAAUCCGAGCUGAGUGACUUAUCCAAAUAUGAUCCAAACCCCCAAAGAACGUUUAGACGCUUUAUUUCGUUCUGCAGAGGACUUCACUAUCAUACAAAAUAUCGAUGUUAACCACUAUGCACGGUUCAUUCGAUCAAUGUUUCGUUUAUCUGUUCAGUACUCAGAAGCAGAACAAGUAGAAAAAGCAUAUAUAUUGGCUUUAAGAGCUGUUUUGUGUAUUCGAGAGUUGCCCACUCAUAGAGGUUAUCAAAAAUUAGAUCCACGUGUUCAAAACGAACUUACAAGUCUUGGUAAAUUAUUAUUAAAGUCUGCUGAGAUUUCAAAAGAUGAUUUAAAGAAAAAGUACUCUGAUGAAUACGAAAGUCAAAAAAAAUCACUAGAUAUAUGCAAUUUUAGAAAAGAAACUAAUGGAUUAGUGACACCAUUUUUCAACUGCGAUUCUGAUUCUUCUAAACUUUCUCUGCCUAAUUCAUCUUCAUGCAAUGGAACACUAGUUUCAGAUAAUAAUACAGUCGUCGGUCCUGCUGAACAGCUCCCCACAUCGUUUUACAAUAGCUACACAACCCAUUGUAGUUUGACCAAAACAUACUUAUCUCGACGUUUAAUAAGUGACUUCUUAAGUCUGGCUGCUAAAAACACCAGGGAAAAUCGAGAGACCUGCGGCACUCUCUGUGGGAAAUUAGUUAAUGGCAAUUUCUACAUUACAAACCUCCUAAUUCCCAAACAAAGCGGUACUUCGGACACCUGUGUUACAUACAAAGAAGAAGAAGUGUUUGAUUAUUUGGAUAGAAGGCAGCUGAUUACAUUGGGUUGGAUUCAUACGCAUCCUACGCAAACUGCAUUUUUAUCAGCUGUUGACUUACACUGUCAACUUUCCUAUCAGGCUCUGCUUCCCGAAGCUAUUGCUAUUGUAUGUGCUCCUAAAUUUGAUGAUAUACAAUGUUUUUCUUUAACUCCUGAUCAUGGUGUAUCAUUUUUGUCAAAAUGUAAAAAAACAGGUUUUCAUCCACAUUCUACCAACCUUCCAUUAUAUGAACAAAGCAAACAUGUGAUAUUUGACGAUACUGUGGAACAUUUCUCUGAAGAUCUCCGAUAACUUACAACUUCAAAUGUAUAAAAUAAAAAUGUCUUUUUCUGUCAUCAUACUUUUAAUUUGUGCUGACUUUUAUCAACAACGGUAACCUACGGUUUGCAAUAAUUUCAUAAUGAUGUUUGUGUUUGCUUUCUUUUCUAAAGACUGCACUGAAUAUUUUACGGCAUUCAUUUUGCGACAUUAACGAAGUUUGUACUGUGACCAAAGAAUGCCUUUUCUCUUAGUUUGUUCACAUAUUUUCAACAGUAUCUAAAAUCUUUUACUUUGUUAUUAAAUUUACAAGAUGAAAGUUAGACAAUCACAGUGC